AUGAAGGACCUUUUCCAGGAAAUCUCGCUGCCGGCAGGCGGCUCGUACAAACAGCCGCUGGGACUAUUCAUCAACAACGAAUGGGUUGCAUCGUCAAGUGACGACACCAUUGAAUCUAUCGAUGCAUCCACGGGCGAAACCAUCGUGGCGGUCCAGGCCGCCGACGCCAAAAUCGACGUUGACAAAGCCGUCGAAGCGGCCCGUAAAGCGUUCCCCGUGUGGAGAGACACACCUGCGUCACAAAAACGAGACCUAUUGCUCAAGUUGGCGUCAUUGGUGGAACGGGACGCAGAACAGCUUGCCAAGGUCGAAUCGCUCGACAGUGGCAAACCCUUCGAGUCCAACGCCAAAGGCGACGUUUUGGCUAUCGCAGAAGUGCUCAAGUAUUACGCCGGAUGGGCCGACAAGGCCCAGGGCCAAUCUUUUAGUCCCAACCCAGACACCUUGACCUACACGAUCCAUCAACCUUUGGGGGUCGUUGGGUGCAUUAUCCCCUUCAACUACCCGCUGGCAAUGAUGGCGUGGAAAUGGACCGCGAUCGCUACCGGCAACACCACCGUGUUCAAGAGUGCCGAACAAACGCCGCUCUCUAUUCUUUUUUUCGCAAAUCUCGCCAAAGAAGCCGGUUUCCCACCGGGCGUGUUCAACGUCUUGUCCGGCACAGGCGCCAAAGUUGGUGACGCCAUGGCCAAACACUUGGGCGUUGACAAAAUCGCUUUCACCGGAUCUACUCCUGUGGGCCAAUUGAUUCAACAGUCUGCUGCCGUGAAUUUGAAACCCGUCACAUUAGAAUGUGGUGGUAAGUCACCCAACGUUGUGUUUGAAGACACGGAUUUCGAAAAAGCCGUCAAAUGGACCGCUGAAGGUAUCUUCAAUAACAUGGGUCAAAUAUGUUCCGGUACUUCCCGCUGUUUUGUUCAAGAAUCCAUUUAUGACAAGUUUGUGGACGCUUUGGCCAAACAUGUGGAAAAGAACUUUGUUGUAGGUCCACCUACGGAUCCCAACGUGAAAGUUGGACCUCAAAUUUCCAAAAAACAACAGGAGCGCAUUCAGUACUAUAUUCAAAAGGGUGUUGACGAAGGUUGUCGGGUGGUACUUGGUGGCACUGGAUUGCCUGACCAAAUCGCUCAAUCUGACAAAUACAAAAAAGGCUUUUACGUCAAGCCCACCAUCUUGGCAGACAUUACUGCUAAUCACACUGUAGCACGCGAAGAGAUCUUCGGACCUGUAAUAGUUGUGGGUAAGUUUUCCACUUACGAAGAAGCUCUUCACAUUGCCAAUGAUUCCACCUACGGUUUGGGAUCCGCUGUCUUCACUCGCGAUAUCACCAAAGCUCACAAAUUCGCUUCACAAGUCGAGGCAGGUAUAUGCUACAUCAACUCUUCAAACCUUCUAGAUUUUGCAUUGCCAUUUGGCGGAGUGAAAAUGAGCGGCCAUGGACGUGAAUUAGGAGAAUACGGACUCACAAACUUCACAAACGUGAAGGCUGUUUACGUGAACUUGGGCGAUUAG